CGGUGCCUGGCACCGACCGGCCAGAAGCUGAGGAGACCGACCGACUGACCGGCGGCUCUGAGCUCCAGUUCGGGCAGGGUCUGCCUCCCGCCAGCCUCUCUGAGGGGCGAAGGAGGAGCGAAGGCGGGGCGGUCCCGGAGCGCGCAGGGAAAAAAAGAAAAGAAAAAAAAAAAAGAGAAAAGUUUUGCCCGGAGUUUGUGGAGGCGGCGAGGCGAGGCCAGACGAGGCGCGGGCACCUUCCAGGAUGGACGCCCUCAAAUCCGCCGGGAGGGCCAUCAUCCGCAGCCCCAGCAUCGCCAAGCAGAGCUGGGCCAGCGGCCGGCACAAGAAACUCCCGGAGAACUGGACGGACACCCGAGAGACCUUGCUGGAGGGAAUGCUCUUCAACCUGAAAUACCUGGGCAUGACAUUGGUUGAGCAGCCCAAAGGAGAAGAAUUAUCCGCUACGGCUGUCAAAAGGAUUGUGGCAACGGCAAAGGCCAGUGGGAAAAAACUCCGAAAAGUGACUCUGAAAGUAUCACCCAGAGGGAUCGUUCUCAGUGACAGCAUAACAAAUGAAUCAAUUGAAAACGUGUCAAUAUACAGGAUAUCCUACUGUACAGCAGAUAAAGUACACGACAAGGUAUUUGCCUACAUCGCCCAGAGUCAGCACAAUGAGAACCUGGAGUGUCAUGCUUUCCUCUGUUCCAAGAAAAAAAUGGCUCAAGCCGUCACACUUACGGUUGCUCAGGCUUUCAAGGUAGCAUUUGAAUUUUGGCAGGCAUCCAAGGAAGAGAAGGAGAAGAGGGACAAGGCCAUCUUGGAAGGAGAAACUGCCAGCAGCCUGAAUUCAGAUACUUCUUCCCCCAAAGCACCCACUGUAGAAAACCUGCUAGACUUAGAAAAUGUAACCAGAACUCCUUUGAAUACAAAUUCGGUGCAUGUGGAUGGCCGAAUCUUUGGGUCCUCUUCGUCAGAAAACAACAACGUGUGGGCAAUGAAUGAUGAACUGGAUGAAGCGUUUUCAAGGUAAUUAUGAUCAAGUCUUCCAGGAGCAUCUUUCUGCUAGGGGCUUGGCCAAGAAAUAGAUUUGAUUAAUGACCCUUCCCUUCUCUCUCCCUUAAGCUAAACUGUCAGCAGCAGCCCAGCCUUUCAUUGGUGGUCUGUCUGACUAAUUGGACAAAGGAUUUGGCUGCUCGGAUAAGUCAAAUAUUUUGAUAACUUCUUAGGGCAGGAGCUAAUUUGUGUGUACAGGUGGGGAUUAAAUCCCUUAAAUGUGUCAGCCUCUUGGCGAAUGCUUAUAAAAAGGAAGUUGCUUAAAUUGGAUGCUCUCACCUUCUAAAAUGGAGGGUAACCAGUUUGACUCUUGGCUUGCAUUUCAACUCCCAGCCUACAAAGGGAGGAACUGGGGAGAAAAUUUAAUCACUGAUCACAUAGCAGCAUGCACUAAAAAUAAUGUGCACACUUUUGGGUUCUCUAAAAUUCUUUGUCAGGUGAGGUAUUGAUAGAAUACCAGGAAAAAAACCCGUAAAGCCAACA